GCACAGGCAGUAGAGAGAGACUGAACUGAAGCGAGUUGGUCACCCAAUCCCAAUGAUCAAAUAGUAAGAAAUAGAAUGUGAAAAUGGAAACGGUGAAAGUGAAAAAUGACAAAAUGGCCCAACUUGUAAACAAAGAAGAGAGAGUGAGUGGUCCCUUUAUGUUUAUCCAUGAUAAAGAGGAGAGGAACCUGUCUCCUAUCAGUACAUGCUACUUUGCUGCCUUUCUUUCCUUGUCACCAUCUUCUCUCUCAUUUCCUAUUGAUACUUUUUAACCCAUCAACUAUCCUGGAACUGCCUACCAAACCUUCCAUAAAUCUUCAUUUCUCUAUUAUAUAUACCCACUUCAAGAACCUCCGCAGACUCCAAUUACCCACUUUUUCUCCUACUCUCUCCUCUCCUUUUCUCUCUUUCUUUGCUAAAUUCCCCCAAUUUAUGCUAUCCAACCAUUAGCCAUGACUCGCUAUGCAAGAAUGCUCACUGGCUUCGACUCUUCCCUGGCCGCUGACCCACCGGAGGCCGUCAAUGUUGAGUCAGACUUCGUUGUCAUACUCGCAGCUCUUUUAUGCGCAUUGAUAUGCGUUGUGGGACUCAUUGCUGUGGCUCGUUGUGCUUGGCUCCGUCGCAGUGGUGGCAGUGCUUCUCGUUCUCCGUCGCAGGCCGCCGCCAAUAAGGGGUUGAAGAAGAAGAUCAUUCAGUCACUCCCCAAAUUCACGUACGGCGCCGUCGCGGCUGCUGGUUCUUGUAAGUUUGCAUCGACGGAGUGCGCAAUCUGCUUAGGUGAGUUUGGAGAGGAAGAUGAGAUCAGGAUUUUACCACAGUGUGGGCAUGGGUUCCAUAUUGGGUGUAUCGACACGUGGCUAGGGUCCCAUUCGUCGUGUCCUUCCUGCCGUCAGAUCCUGGGGUUGGCAAGGUGUCAGAAAUGCGGCCAGUUUCCUCCUGCUAUAUCUACGUCGAGCGGUGGAGGUGCGGCGGAGGCAGAUUCCAAAUCCAGGGUAGAUAAUUGUAACGUUAACUAUAAUAAUAACAACGAUCAAAGGCAUAAUAUUGGCGGUGCCGGUGGGUUCUUGCCUUGACAAAGGCGAAAAACCACAAAACAAUUAUAGCUAGGUUUUCCUAUUUCUCUAUUGUAUAGUUCAUUCGAGAUUCGGUAUGCAUUUUCCUAGCUAGAGGCCGCAGCUAAUUGUAAUUUGCAGGUUGCAGAGUAUGAACAUGAGCUACGAUUUUUCUUUUC